UGCCACCGGAAGUGCGUUCGGUCCAGCGUUUGGUCCAGCGUUUGCCUGCAAAAAGGGAGGGAGCUAACGCCGAUUAUAUCCAUUAAAACCUCUCAGUAAUUAACCCCAAAACAAAAAUACUCUCGAAUACUUUAAAGAAUCCCCUGUGGUCGUCGGAUAGUGAAAUGUCUUCAGCUGAAAUGAGUACCGCAGUCCCCAACCAUCGGAGGACCAAGCCCGGCGGUAUAAAGACGGGCGUCGUGCCCACCAACGCGUCUGGGCCGACCUCCCAGAUCCCGGGUCUGUCCCAGACAGCCGAUGAAACCUCUCCGGUGGAGCGGAGCAGCGGGAGGCGCGUCGGGAUCUUUGCCUCGGACUCCGAGUACGUCAAGCUCGCCAAGGGAGGCGGUCACAAAGGACUGCUGAGUCAUGAUGGUGAUGCCGAGGGCCAGACCACGAAGGCCUACAGCCCACCCGCCUGGUUCGGAGGGGCCGAGUCGAAGGGCGGGAGCAAAGCAACGUCCCCCGACAGUGCGAUGAUGGCGAGCAAGCAGCUUCUGGCUGCACCGUUUGGGACUGAUAACAGUUCGACCUGGGAAAGCGAUGAUAGAAUUUCCCCCGAUAACGAGAUGUCUCCCGACGGAGUCGCCGGUGACCUGGAGGGUCUGUCCCUGACCAGCAAGUACAAGAGGACGUGUCAAGAGAAGGUGGAGCUCCCGGUCAGCAUGACCAAGCUGCUGAGUCACGGCUACGUGGCGGACAAGAAGAAGAAGUCCCACGACGACGACGACGACGCCUCAAGUGUGACCUCGGAACAGACCAGCACCGUCAUGACGGAGGACGUGGAGGAGCUGGAGUAGAGUUCUGGCUCCGGGGGCAAAGGGGGUUCGUCCUAACUCUGGUUCAUGGUUCCUACAGACCUACCAACACUACUACACCCCCCCCCCCCCUUUCUCGGAUUCACUACGCAUUUAUUGUACAUCCACUGACUGUUAGGUUUUGUACUCAUGUUUAUGCAACGGUACCGUCCUCCUAUUUAUUUGCUUUAAUUUGUAAAAAAUGAAGAGUUCACGCUGGUUGAGUUGACGUGUUGGUGCUCGCAGUAUUUUUUCAUAUUUUCCGUAUUGACGUUCCUCGAUUUGAAAGACGAGUUGUGCUUAGUGUGUGUGUGUGUGGGGGGGGGGGGGCUGACUGAUUCUGGGUUUGAUCUUGAACCCAACAGUGGAGCUAAAGCUGUGUGUGUUUUGAGGUGCAGACGACCUGCAGCUGAGGCCGCCGGGGUCCGUUUGGGUUCAAACGGGCUAAAGAUGAACUUCUUUAGGUUGCUGCUCUGCAAAAAGUUUCCCUUCUCUGCUCCUCCCUCACUAAUAUGUUAUCUGCAUCGUCUGAAAUCCCCUUUUAGAAGAUGUAUACCUCAUAUUUAAAACUAAAGGAAGUUUGGAUGCAAGAUCCAUAUCCUCAGGAGGUCGAUAUGUGUUUGAUGCCACAGCAGGUCAGAAGCUCUCGGCCUCGCCUGGACCCUCAGUGUUACCGCGUCCCUUUUUAAACCCAUUGCUAGUGCAGAUGAGAUAAAAUAUGAAUUAUAAAGUUCUGCACACCGGAGGAGUCCCGCUUAGUUCCCUGGCAGACGAGUUUUUAAAAGUGAGUUCUCGAUGUGCCAACCACAGUGUUUUUUUGUUUUUUUACUCUAUACACCGGAAGGAGAAGUUGUUGGUGUUGGUGUUGGUGCGCAGCCGGAUCACAACAAACCUCCGUCUCUAGAGAGAGUUCCCGCUGCAGGUCGAUUUAGAUGUUCUCAAACUCAUCGAGAGGAAGCUGCUGGAAUGAUUCUUUUAAAACAGAAAUAACGUGCAUGUUACUCAGUAACCUAUUUAAUAUAACGGUUUAUUUUAUUGUCAGUAUUACUAAACUUUCUUCAUCUAUUCGCUGCCUCGUGAAUGCAUUUAUUUAAUUGAUGUCACUAUGAAGUUAAAUUCCGCUGGGUUUUAAAUUCCAUUAACGCGGCAUUAAUAAGGCCUUUAGAACACCGCGGCAGAACUUUUGAAGCACUUUCACACCUUUUUUGUUUUACUAAAAGAAAUGUUGGCGGUUUUAUUUGCCUUUAAAUCCUCGUGGUAGGUUCAGGGGUCUUUGGGUACGGGGGAGACGGGAUGACUCCUCCUCCCUCAUGUUUUAUUGGGCGGUUCAGCGUUGUCAUGGUGCAUACUCAUCUCCACGCAGCUGGAGACGCACAGCAUUUAAUUUAGUCGGCGAGCGCUUCAUCUGUUUUAUAUAGUUUAUUGUUUACGAGCCGUUGGAUGUUCAGGUUCAGUGUUUGUGUUCCAGCUGUCGUCGCGGUGCGAGUUCCCAGUUUACUGUAGUGGCUUAGCGUGGCAGAGUCCCUGGAGUCUUAUCGCUUUUUAAAAAUUUAUUUUAUCUGCAAGCGGUUCAUUUUGAAUGUAAAUGUUCCCGAAGAGACGAAGGCAGCUUCUAAACACGAGACCCGCCGGUGUUCUCACAGCGGGAUAAAUCCAUGCCACGCAACUCGAUGUACGACCCGCCUCUUCUGGACGGCUGCACGCCGACUCUCAGUUAUCAGUUCAAUAAAUGGGCAUGUGCAUGAA